AUGGAUAAAAAGGUUCUAUCAGAUAUGCUUCUACUGAAAUUGUAUUCCGUUGUUGAAAUUGCAAAGGCUUUGAACAUGCAUUGCCAGCUUAGAAAACUAGAGCUCUUUGUUGAACAUUUAGAAGGUAAUUGUCUUUUCGGUGGUCAAGUAGCUGAGAUGCUGAAGCUCGUUUUUUAUGAAGCUGAAAAAGUGGUUGAAGAGCAUGAAUUUUUCAUUCUGCUAAACCAGUUGAUUCCCAGUUCGAAAUCAUCAAAGGCGUGUGGUCUUUUCUCUUACAGAUCGAACCCUUUUGCCUAUCAAGUACGAUUGUGCCUUGAAAUUAGAAAGCUCGUUAAAAAAUUGGAUAGGUUAGGUAGGUAUAGAAUGUAUGCAUCGAUGAUGAUUGGAUAUGGGGGUUUUACUUGUCCUCAUAGAGCAAGAGGGCUUAUGCAUACUCGUGCAUCUGUGCAUUACACUGGUAUUGUGGGGAGGGACUCUGAUAGAGAUAUUGUUGUUGAAAUGCUUUUAAAAUCAGGAAAUGAAGCUACCCUUUCUGUAUUUCCCAUUGUUGGAGUAGGAGGCAUCGGAAAAACUACUCUUGCAAAACUGGUGUAUAAUGAUCCAAGGAUAGUUAGUUAUUUUCAACUGGGUUUGUGGGUUCAUGUGUCUCGCGCAUUUAAUAUGAAGAAUAUAUUGGAACAAAUUGUGAAUUCAGUUAGAGAAGAUUUAUGUGAGAAUCUUGGUAUGAAUGAACUGCAGAAACUCGUUCGUGAGACAUUGUAUGAAAAGAAUCAUUUGGUUGUUUUAGAUGAUGUGUGGAAUGAGGACCCGGUGAAGUGGGAUGAAUUGGAGAAGUUGUUGAUUGUGGGUUCUUGUGGAAGCAAGAUUCUUGUAACUACUCGGAACGAGGCAGUAGCUUCGUUAAUGGGAACCGUUCCUGCAUACUGUUUGAAAGGUUUGUUAAGUGAGGAUUGUCUCACUUUGUUCUUGAGGAACGCCUUUGAACAAAGUCAAGAAGUGUUAUAUCCAAAUCUUGUUAGGAUCGCAUCAGAUAUAGUGCAGAAGUGUGAGGGAAAUCCCCUUCUCUUAAUGACUGUAGGAUCUUCAUUGCGUAUGAAUACUGAUGAAUGGGAGUGGAAUGGAAUUAAGAAUCAUUGGGGGUGGAACUCAAAUCAGGAUGACAAAAUUUCACCUGCACUAAGUGUGAGCUACGAGCGAUUGCCAUCUAAUCUCAAAGUUUGUCUUGCUUACUGCUCAAUAUUUCCCAAGGGCUGUGUGAUUGAAAUAGAUAAAUUGAUACAGUUGUGGGUAGCAGAGGGACUCAUUAGUCAGUCUGAUGGAUCAGAAGAUCUUGAGAACAUUGGGGUUCAAUAUGUCCAAGAGUUACUGUGGAGAUCCUUUUUUCAAGAUGUUGAAGAAUGUCGCUCCACUUUUACCUCAAUCUGUAAAUUGCAUGACCUUGUACAUGAUCUUGCACUGUCAGCAGCAGGGGUUGAAUUCUGUACAGUAAAUUCUCACAUACAAAACAUUUCUGAUGAGGUCAGACAUGUGGAAUUUUCUGACUAUGAUUUGUCAGGCAAGGAACUGCCACCAUCCCUUGUCAGUAACCAGGCAUUAAGGACCAUAUCUUUCUCCGUUAAUGGAGUAGGGCCGAUGAGUACUGUGUUCGUUGAGAACUGCAUAGCAAGAUUCAUGCAACUUAGGGUGCUAGAUAUGAGUGAUUCAUGUUUUGAUGAGCUGCCUAGCUCUAUUGGCGAAUUGAAGUACUUAAGAUAUCUUGACGUAAGUGCCAAUGGCAGCAUUAAAGAAUUACCCGAUUCGAUUAACAAGUUGCUGAGCUUACAGACACUUCGAGUUUCUCGUUGUGCACAACUUGAAGGGCUACCUAAAGAUAUUGGAAAUUUGAUCAGCCUAAAACACUUGUAUAUAACCACCAAGCAAGCCUGUUUUCCUGAUAAAGCAAUUGGCUGCUUAUCAUCUCUUCGUUCUUUGUUUGUUUACAGCUGCAACAAUCUCAUAUCUUUGUCUGAAGGUCUGCAACAUCUGACUAGCCUUCGCACACUGGCAAUUAUUGGCUGCCCAGGACUGACCUUUUUCCCAAGUGCUAUGAAACACCUUACUGCUCUGGAGAAUCUGUUGAUUGUUGACUGUGAAGAGCUUACAUUGUUGGAGUGGCAAGAUAUCGAAGGACUUAGGAUGGUCCGGUCAUUGGUUAUUGGAGGCUUACCCGAAUUGGAGUCAAAAGAUGUUCAAUGCCUUGGGAGCCUUCAGAUGUUGGUGCUAGCUGGUUUACCACAGUUAGUUACUUUGCCCCGAUGGCUUGAAGGAGCCAGUGCUACUCUACAAUACCUGAGGGUGGAAAGGUGCCCGAAAUUUGCAGCAUUGCCAAAGUGGCUGGAAAAUCUCACCUCACUUGAAAAACUUGAAAUUUCCAAGUGCCAUAAAUUAUUUUCAUUGCCCGAGGGGAUGAGUUGCCUCACAAACCUGAAGGUACUUCGGAUCGACAACUAACUGAUCUUGAGUUCAGAAUACUGACGCAGGAUAUCUGAUACUUCUGAUGUUCAAAUCAAUGGGAACUGACUCAAUGACCCAACAAUCUAUGUAUAAAAUAUAAGUACCCUUGUUUUCCUUCCUUCAUGCCUUGGUUGGUUAUCAUGUUUCAUUUUUUUUAAUGUAUUUUCCAGUUGCUUCAGUUUUUUUUCUUCCUAUCUGCUUGUUUCGCAGUCUUGAUUGUGUUAUUUGUACAAAUUGUUCUUAUCUUGACUGUUAAGUGGCACUCUGACUGCUUUGUUUUAUGGGAAAAUAAGCUACAUUUAUUGGAUAA